AUGGCAUACCAACAGAACAGCCAUCAACAUCAUUAUCACGGCCUUCCUGCCACUCCUUCGCCGCAACAUCAUCCCGUGCACCAGCAACAACAGCAUCCACAGUCGCAACCCUUUCAGUACCCUGCGCAGUAUGCGCAGACCCCUCCACUAGCUGGCCAACAGACUGCCAACGCAUUGCGACGGACGACAAGCUUCGAUGCUGGUGAUGAUCGGAAUUACUUCGAUGAUAACCGUCAACGCACCGGUGCUGUUGCUCCUGGCCAUCCCGGGCAAGCUGGCCAUGGUGGUGGAUAUGCGAGUUAUUCGAGUGGCGUUGUGAACAACAAUGCGACGAAUAAUCUGGGAUCGAGGAAUUUGCAGUUUUCCGUGGGAGGUUCACAGCAUUCCGUAGUUAGCCAGACUUCAUCGCACGGAGUUGCGGCCAUGUCGGGGUACCAACAUCAAUAUCAACCUCAUACCUCAACUGCCACUCUCCAAGCUUCCUAUAACCCCGUGCAGUUCUACCCCACGCCGCCAGUCCAUUCGCAGCCGGCAUAUAAUCCACAGGCGUUCGUCCCCGCAAGUACCUCCAGUAGUACUACCAGCACGUCAUACAACAGCCCGGCCUCCCAACAUUAUAAUCCGGCCGCGUAUCAGACACCGCCAUCAGCCACUUAUCAAGCAUCUCCCAUGCCUUCAUGGCAACCUGUCACUCCCGGCCAGUCGUAUGGAUUCUCUCCACAACCCCAAUUCCAGUUUCCACAGUCUGCAUCUCAGCAUUCACAAGUACCGCCCCCGCCCCCUCCUCGGGCCAGCGAGACCAGCUACUCUGCAUAUUCAGCGCCGCAAUAUGUGGAUUCAUCCCCACGUCCAACGUACGGCUUUCCCUCCACUAUCUCCCAAGCAACCUCAUCCGUAUCUCGCAUCGCCUCACAGCCAACAUACUCGGCUACGCUUCCAUCCCAGACUGUUCACAAUGCGGGCCAAUACACGGCGGAUGGUUCGACCACGACCGUUCCGGAGAAUGGAUACUCUGAAUCGACAUCCACAGUCGAGACCAUUACCUGGACCGCCGCCGGAGCGCAGCAAGCUGCACCGUCUAGGGUAGAUGGCAGAGAGGCAUUUGAGCCGAAUUAUGAAAAUAUUGAUGACGAAGAUGCUGAGGCAGCUGCUGGCCUGGCAGCAUUACAAAUGGCAGAAGCGGAGGAUGCGCUCUUCAAUGCGCGACAAACCACAAAUCCGGCAGCGAGCGGCUUCCGACCUGUCUCCGGUCUACUCCCCACUAUUCCAACCCCGUCUAGCCGAGUUGAGUCAAGUAGCGAUAGUGACUAUGCACAUUAUGAUAUGGGGCUAUACGGUGGAGGCUAUGAUGCUCGUCUUCACUAUGGUGAUACCAAUCUGAGCAUUAGCCCAGGUACUGAACAACUUGCAACUGCAUCUGGUUCAUUACGAAGCUCAAAUAGGUCCACAGAUGACCGAGGAGCACAUUCAGAUGGUUACGAUUACCCAAGUAUUGAUCAAGACUCCAUUCAUCCGUUCCCAUCCCAUAGUACUCAAACACGAGUGGAUGGCAUCUCAACUGGGCCCCUGCCAGAACGGAGUAUCGAAAACAGAAGAAUGAGCUUUGACCACGGUGAUGAAGGCUCCAUAAAUCGAUCGUCCAGCCGGCCGAUCUCGUUCGGCGAUACUACGGAUGAAGGCGAACCCCAGGACUUAUUUUUCCACCCGGGAAUGUCUUCCCGGCCUCUACCUCCUGCGCCUGUCCCUGCAGCAAGCAGCAAUCUCAUCCCGCACUUGAUGCCUGCUGGCACCUACCGGAGCCGGGCCCCCAUUCCGGAACCAUACAAUACCUAUUCACAACCUCCUUACUCAUCCAAUCCAGAAGAGUCGAAAACGGACGCAGACCGGAUUAGACUCAAGCAAGGCGCUUAUGAUACGCCAACUCCGACACCUGUUACGCUAGAUCUGCCUACCAUCCCAUCCGGAAGACGCAAUAAGUUUAAUCCUACCAAAUUGUCUACGGAGCAAUUCAGAAAAUGCACUGAACCCUGGGCCCUUAGUGCCAUAGUCGCAUGGAUAAAGGGAUUGAGCGAAGAUGAGGCCGAUUUGAGGAAACAGACCGUCAUCGAUGCCAUUGUCGCCUUGUUUACCCAUAAAGUCCCAACCAUGAACACCAUUGAUGCGGAAGUUCUGGGUGACAGGGUCGUGGAAAAUAUGUUGAAUGAAGGUGUGCUGAUUAAAGAUGAAGAAUGGGUUAAGUUUGGUCCUGGAACACUUUCCGGUGUUUUCUGGCAGAUCAGCGGUCAAGGUUGCUACUCGUCUCGUCUACACUUGCAGGAAGGAGAAUCUGUUGGUCGCUGCUAUUCUCAUUACUGCAUGCGAACUCUAAAGAAGGUCAAUCUCCAGGCGCAGGCUAUGGAACCGGAGAAAAAAGCUGAAGACUGGGCAACAUUCUAUAAAGUGGGAAAGGAAAUAUUUGAUACUCAUUCCAAAAAAGAAGUCGAUCGGCAGAAUAUCCUUCACGAGAUUGUCACAACCGAAGAUGCGUUCAUUGGACAGUUGGAUGUCUUACGAACUUUGUACCGUGAUCAGCUCUCCGAAUUUGAUCCACCAGUGAUUAACCCAAAACGCCUCAGCAAGUUCUUAGAUGAAGUCUUUGGAAAGGUCGAUGCUGUCAAAAAGGUCAAUGAGGAUCAUUUACUUGCACAAUUGAAAUAUCGACAAAAGGAACAGGGUCCAUUUAUUGUUGGCUUUAGUGACAUUUUCCGUGAAUGGAUUAGACGAGCCAAGGCUGCUUAUAUCGAUUACGCAGCGACCUUUCCGAAUGCAAAUUACCUUGUCCGGAGAGAAGCUGAAACAAACUUGAUGUUCAGGCAAUUCUUGAAUCAAGCCCGAGACAACAAACUCUCAAACCGAUUAAGUUGGGAUACAUACUUGAAGGCUCCGAUCACACGUAUCCAACGAUAUGUUCUUCUCCUAAAUACCGUAUUAAAGAGCAUAGACAAAGACUCUGAAGAGAAGUCUAAUUUGAUACAGGCUAUAGACGAAAUAAAGGCUGUUGCUUCAGAAUGUGAUACGAAAGUCGGAGAUAUGGCCAAAAGUGUGUCUCUGAAGGAAUUAGGAUUGAAACUUCAGUUUAGGCCCGAAGUGAAACGGGAAUUUGAAUUUAAUCUUGAGCACUUAGAGAUUAUUUUCCAAGGAGAUCUACAACGUCCGCGGACAAAACGGUUUAAUUGGGUUGACAUACGCGCUGUUUUGUUCGAUCGGUAUCUAAUUCUUGCGAAAAUCGGUUUCACACGAGAUGCGGCACGCAAAGAGAUUUAUGAUGUCUCCAAAUUUCCAAUACCAAUGGACCUGCUAAUGCUCGAGAGCACUAACGAUGACCCUGUUAUGAGAUCUUCGGUCAGGGGGAUAACUGCCGUUUCAGCACCUGCUGCUGGUAGACUUUCUUCUCCGGCUGAUCGGAGUAGCCCUACGCCUGGUGCGCUGGCCCACGCUGCUACUAGCUCUUCCACCACCUCAACCAAUUCGUCCCUAUCCAACAAAACGAUGGUCCCUACGUCAGUGCUUGACAACGCUAGGGAUGACAAAAUUUUAUAUCCAUUUAGAAUCAAGCACCUCGGUCAGCCAGACGUUUACACCCUCUAUGCACCCACUGCUCAAAACCGACAAGAAUGGUGUGAAAAGAUUAUCGAGGCCAAAAUAAAGCAUGCUAAAUCUCUCCAUGCUCAGAAUGCGGAGCCUUUCAAGCUUCGUGUGCUUUCUGACUCUGCAUUUGCUUAUCCAGAACAUGCAGUUGCGCCUAAAACCGCAGUAAUUACAGGCACUCCCCUGGAUCGAGCGAUACGUGAGGUUGAAGCUAGGUAUGAAGGGAGUCUGUCGCGACCAUUGCCAGUUUGCAGAGCUGCGGUCAACUGCGCUACGGUAUUCCAGCAACCACAUGGGCGAUUGAUGUGUGCAAUUGGAACAGAUUACGGCGUGUAUAUAUCUGAAUACGACAACCCUAGAGGCUGGACUAAGGCGAUAUCUACUACUCGAGUAACUCAGAUUGCUGUUUUCGAAGAGUUCAACUUGUUCCUGCUCAUUGCAGACAAAUCUUUGAUUGCUCACCACCUCGACGUGGUAUGCCCGCCAAGUGGAGUUCCUACGCAAAGCGACUCACAAAGGCGUGCGCCUCAAAAGUUGUCUGGUAACCGAGAAGUUGGAUUUUUUGUUGCAGGCCGAAUGAAGGACAGGGCUCUUGUGAUUUACAAGAAGCGUGAUGGAAUUACUUCCACUUUCAAGGUAUUGCCAUUCAGAUCGUCUCAUAACAAAUACACCUGGAGGAUUUCCAGCCAUGGUCUGUUCCAAACCUCCGUGCAACCUUACCAGAAAACCAACCGGCCCUCAACCAAAUUGGCAACCGAAUUAAACAAUCUCCGGCCUUUGGGCAUGUUUCGCCUCACCGACAGAGACUUCCUCUUGGUCUUCGUUGACUGCGCUAUCUACAUUGACAAAUAUGGAGAAGUUAGUCAUGGAGUGAUUAUGCAAUUCCUCGGCCGUGCAACAUCAGCCUGUCUUUAUGGGAAAUUCCUCAUACUCGUCAACGAAGAUUUUGUCGAAAUCCGCAAUGCUGUGAACGGGCGACUUAGACAAGUCAUUGCAGGCCGUAAUGUAACGCUUCUUGACGAUGCUGGGAAUGGGUCUAACGGUUUUGGCAACGCAUCAUCAGCCAAUUUUAACGAGGCGGCUGCGACAAACCCCUUAAGUGGGCAGAAUGGGCUGGGUCUUUCGACUGCACUUUCGACCGCCGGUCGGACUGUAAAAAUUUGCAUGCAGCACCCUGAACACGAGCGCAGUCAAGUUGUAGUGGAGCUACUAGAAAAUCAAGGGUUAAAGGAAUGA